AGCCAAAUGGGCACUGGUUAGCCAAGGUGCCCUUUUGGCCUACAUGCCUCUUCACUCUGGGCCUAAAGCCCCAAGGAGGGAUCUCCUUUUCCAAAUUGGCCUACCAGUGGAGGACGUGGGGACCUGUGGACUAACAGGGAAGGUCCAGGUGGUCUCCCUUGAAAACCUCUUCCAAAUCACUCAGGACAGGAUCAGAAGGUCUGACUAGAACUGGAAUUUCUGAAGGCCAUUGCCAGAGAUAUUUGGAAUCCUCACAAUUUACUCACUUAGUGAGAAGAGGCCCGUGAAGAAAGAGAACUCCUUGGUAACCAUAGGUUCCCUAAGAUUUUCCUGGACCAAGAUGUGUGAGCUGGAAGUUUUCUAAAGUAUGGUGUCACCAUGGCCAUUCAUAAUUUGGGUUGAGAGUUGUGUAGGCAUAGCCACCAGGCCCUUUUGGACCCCAAACUACAGGGAGAAGCAGUAGGCAGAUAGACAUCUAACAGUCAACUGGCCAUGAAGGCAAUUUGAAGUUAUGAAGACAUUUCACCUUUUGAAUUUUCUCUGGAAGGAAGCUAUUUUGAUUGUAAAUAACCUGAGUGUGUAGCAACGAUACUCUUACAAAAGAAAGUGAAAAUUUCCAAGUGUUCUAAGGAAAAAUCCUGGUAGAGAAUAUUCUUUAAGCUCAUCUGCAGGGGUAGUUAUGUGUCCAGGUUGAACACCUAGCUCCAGUAAGAGCUUCACCAAAAGUUCAGGAACUUGAGACAACUGAAUUUGAGGACAUUCCUUGGUGCUGGUAUCACUCAUCUGGCUCACUGUUGUUGAAUGAUCAGACCAAAUGAUUUCUUGCUUUAUAGAAGAGAAAUUGAAAGGCAUGAAUCCUUGAAGGAUGAAUCACAAACUAGUAACCUGUGUGGAGGAAGUUGAUGGACAUUUUUCCACUGAAAAGAACUGGAGUAACUACCAAUGAUCACAUCUCUGUCAUAUCCCGCGUAGUUCUCCACAAUUAACCACAACGUGCUGACAAAGCAAGUGGUAUCAUAAAAUAAAGAACCUAAUGAGUACUUCGUUCAACGACAAGCAUCAGAUCCCUAGAGGAAAAGGGAAUUACUCCGUGGGAUGCAUAGACUUGAUGUUCGACUUCAGUGUUAAGGGCAGUUUACUGCGUCUCUAUUAUCCUUCCCGUGAUUCCCAAGAUGAUGAAUAUCGCAGCACUUUAUGGAUCCCCAGUAAAGAAUAUUUUCUAGGUCUUAGUAAAUUUCUUGGACUGCACAAGCUCGUGGGCAAAUUCAUCACCCACUACUAUAGUUCAGUGACAGCUCCUGCAAAUUGGGAUGCUCCUUUGAAGAAUGGAGAAAAAUAUCCACUGAUUAUUUUUUCUCAUGGACUCGGAGCAUUCAGGACAGUUUAUUCUGCUCUUGGAAUUGAUCUGGCAUCUCAUGGGUUUAUAGUUGCUGCUGUAGAACACAGAGAUGAAUCAGCAUCAGCAACUUUUUACUUUGAAGAUGAACUUGCUCUACAAAGAAAUAAUAAGACCUGGCUUCCCUAUAAGCAACUCAGUUCAGAGAUGACGGAAUAUGCCCAACGUCACCAACAGGUACUUCAAAGAGCAGAAGAAUGCUCUAAAGCUCUUAAUUUGAUCCUUGAUAUUAAUGAGGGGAAAACAGUGGAGAAUGUUUUGAAUUCCUCCUUUAAUUUGCAGCAACUAGAGGAUACUAUUGAUGAAAAUCAAAUAGCAAUAAUGGGACAUUCCUUUGGUGGAGCCACAGCUAUUCAGUCUCUUAGUGAUGACAACAGAUUCCGAUGUGCUAUUGCCCUGGAUGCAUGGAUGAACCCUUUGAGUGAGGAAUUAUACAGUAAAGUUGUCCAACCAAUCUUCUUUAUCAACUCUGAAAGAUUCCAGACUGCAGAAAAUGUCAUGAAAAUGAGACAAUUCUACUUAAAUGAUAAAGAAACAAAAAUGAUCACAAUAAAGGGCUCAGUCCAUCAGAAUUUUCCUGACUUUACUUUUGUGACUGGUAAAAUACUUGGAUACAUAUUCUCAUUAAAAGGAGAUAUCGAUUCAGAUGUAGCCAUUGGUCUAACAAGCAAAGCUUCAUUAGCUUUCAUGCAAAAGCAUUUAGGUCUUCAGAGAAACUUUGAUCAAUGGGACCCUUUAAUUGAAGGUGAAGAUGUAAAUCUCAUGCGAGAUAGCAAUGCUGGCUCAGUUACGUAUCUUUCUGAGUACCUGGAAUAAAGAAAUGUGCAGUGUUGACCAA